AUGGUCUACCAUAGGUUUACACUUAAUGAGUUCAUGAAGCCAAAGUAUGCAUUCACAGCAUCUGGACUGUUCUUCAUGCUACUGGGGUUUUUACUAUUUGACCCUCUGUUAAUUAGAGCAGGAAAUGUCCUUGUGUUCAUCUCUGUUCUUAUGUCCAUUAAGUCGCUUGAGUACUUCCAAAGUAUUCUUCUAUUUUUUGUUGGAUUUAUGGUUUCUUUUAAAAUUGCAAGCCUUGGAAUAUUUAUAGAGAUGGUAGCUUUAUUUAUAUGGGCAUCAUCAAAAAUAUCUCGGACAAUGCUUUCCCCUGUAAGACUCGUUAAAGGGCUAUUUUCUAAAUAA